AAAUAAUCCUAGGACUUCUUCUCUACUGUUUGCCCCGCUCUACAUUACUUCCUCUGUUUCAAAUUUACAAACCAUUUCUUCUCUGGGAAAAACCCAAAACCCUUUCUUCCUCAAUGAAAAAAAUCCAAACCCAGUAAAAUUUGUUCAUCAAACAAGAAAAACAAUGGCACCCAGUUCAAUUCGCAAAGCAAUGGGAGCAGUAAAGGAUCGAACAAGCAUUAUUUUAGCGAAAACAGGGAGUAAUCUUAACCAAGAACUUGACAUCUUGAUCGUCAAAGCCACAAAUCAUGACACCCAAAUCCCCAAAAUCAAAUACUCGAAUGAAAUCUUGCGUAAGACAAUUGUUUCAAGAGAUCUUGUUAAAGAAUGCGUGUGUUUGAUUUCGAGGCGGAUUGAGAAAACCCAUGAUUGGAUUGUUGCGUUGAAGUGUUUGAUUCUUGUUUACCGGCUAAUCGUCGAUGGUGGGAGGAAUUUCGUGAAGGAGAUUGCUUGCGCUAAUGCUAGUGGUAGAAUGUUGAGUAAUAUGUGUGUUUUUAGAGACGAGGCGCAUUCGAAUUCUGGGGAUUACACUGAUUUUGUGAGGAAUUUUGGGAUGUUUCUUGUUAAGAAAGUUGAGCUGAUGGUGUUCGACGAAAUGUGGCUGAGAAGGAAAGUCAGUUCUUCUGAUGAUUUGAGGAGAAUGGAGGAGAGAGAAAAGAACUUAGAGGAAACACAACAAUUGAGGGAUGAGUUACUACUUGAGAAGGUGUUGAGUAGGAUGGAGAGAUUGCAGAGGUGUCUUCAAAGGGUUCUUAACAUUCGUUCGAGGUGCGUUAAUGGCAAGCACCGAGAGCUACUGUUUCUUGCUCUAACUCCUGUGGUUGAGGACAGUUUUGUUCUGUACGAUGAUGUAUGUGGGGGUCUAUCGUUCUUGUCGGAUUGCUUCUGGGAGAUGGAGUAUCUUAAUUCUGUUAAAACUUAUGGGACUUGUGCUACUGUUGCGAAGCAGUUUGAUGAUCUUGCUGAGUUCUAUUCUUGGUGUAAGGGUGUAGAGUUUGCUACGCCUUCUGGUGAGUAUCCUAGGGUUGAGAGCAUUAGUGAUGAUGUUAUAAGGGCAAUGGAGGAGUUUGUCAAGGAAAAGGCGAAUGAAAUGAGGAGUGCUAAGAAGAGUAAGUUGAACAUGUCAAAAUCACUGAGUAAGAUACCAGAAGAAGACUAUGCAGAUGGUAUGAAUGGAUAUGAUCAGCAUCCUAGUGAUAUAGUAAAAGAGAUAAUGAUCUUGAAUGUUAGUAGUACUGAUGCAUCAUCAGCUGAAGAAAAAGGUGAAAAUAUGGCAUCAUCUUUGUUCCCUGAGGAGCAAACUACCUUUAGUAUAACUCCAUGGGAGUAUUUUUCUGAUAAUGCUGAACCACAUAUGACUUCAGAUUGGGAAACCCCAGCUGCUAAUCUCAAUAAUGCAGACUGGCAGAUGGUUUUGGUUGAUUCAGCUAGUAAUGUACCCAAACCAAAUGUUGAUUUUGGUGAUAGUUUUGAUGGUUUCAUGCUAAAUGGCAUGUAUGAACAAGGUGCUGCUGUGAGCCAGUUGACUGGUGGGAGUGCUAGUAGUCUCGCUUUGCCUUGGCACGAGGAGAGGAAGAAUGGGGUUAUGGCAUUACCGACCACAGAAGGGCACGUCCAAAUGGUGAAUCAGGAUCCAUUCGCAGCUUCUCUAGAAGUGACACCUCCUUGUUAUGUUCAGAGAGCAGAGCUGGAGAAGAAGUUUCAGUUGCUGCAUCAAGAACAGAAGAUUUGGCAGGACUAUGAGGCAAAUGGGAUGCAGGGUCAAGUCAGGUUUCUGCUUAAUGGACUGACAGAAAAUGGUGCUGUUCAUCAGGAAAGGGUGCCUCCGUCCAAUGACUUGGGACUGCUUUAACUCUAUAACCCUUGCUGAAAUGUCAGAAAUACUGCCUUACCACCAGAAAAUCCCCUGUUUUCUAUCAAUACUUCAUAUUACAUACUGAUAGUCUGAUGAUAGUUGAGAUGAGUUCAUGUAUAGUUAGUAAUCAUACUUACAGUUUCGAAAGUCGAUAACAGUAAUGUUGUGAAAUACAGCAGUUUACAGAUUCCCAGUCUUUGUAAACGGUAAUUGAAUAAUCAAGUAAUUUUCUUUUGCUGAAA